CUAAUAACAAACAUGGCUAAUAAAACGCAACCUGGCAUCUCACCCUAUUCCUCAACCAGAUGCAUAUAAUAUUUUCUGAUGUCUUGCAAUUUUUCAAAACGAUUGUGUGUUACCACUUACCUGAUAGAUAGCUAUCUUAGGCCGUAGCUUUGCUACACUUCCGGGAAAGAGCUGUGAAUCAGUGAACGAGUCAGCGCGUUUGUCGUCCCAAUAAAACUCGAAAACUCCACAACGCCCCUUUCUCUAUCAUUUCUUUGACCAGGCUUUUCUUUUGCCAUAAAUAUUAAGGCAACGUUUCUGUUCAUGCACCCCGUAAUACCAACCGCGAAUCCCAAAAGCCGAUGCCAGUUCCCUAUCCAUCAAUUUCCUUGAAUUUUUAUUGGCUAUUUCGUCUUGACCGGUGCUCAGAUGACGUUGAACACCGGUGAAAAAGCUAAUGAUUGGAUAAUGCUGGAUCUGAGCACCGGUGAGAAAGGAGUUGAUUGGCUGGCACCGUUCGUGACAAUUCUAAUUUACGAACCCACCGGUGCUCGGAAUAGCAUUGAAUAAUUGGAUUUCUUUGGAGGAUGAUUUUGUCAUCCGCAAUCUAAUUGGUCAGCACUUGCAUUCUACCAGAAUUUUGUUCCGGUGAAUAUGCCACGAUUGUAAACAUUAACACGACAAAAGAAAAUUCUUUAGAUAACAGGAUAUUUUUCAUGCAAAAUAAAUGAAAACAUCGAAUCAGUAGAAAUCCUCAGCUUUUUUCGGAAACACGCACAGGAACAGGUACCUGAAACAGUACUUUGACAAUCUGACCGGUGCUCAAGCACCCUUUGCACCCCCUGGAUCCGUCACUGUUAAAGCAAUACAUCAAUAACCAGUAAAAAUAAUUACCCCAGUGACUGCAAAAAACUGAAACAACACACAAACUUACUGAAAAAUCUUCAGUACAGACAUCUAAGUCAUUUACCAAAAAAUACUUUUAAAAGGAUGAAAUCUUUUAGGAUUGAUUUUGGAUUGGCUACAUUUUAUUGCAUUUUACCACCAAAUCGAAAACCUCACUGAAAAGCUCUUAAUAAGACAUUCAAGUGCUUCAUAAAGACAUGAAAACUGUUCGAGGCUUAUUUAACUCGUUUUAUUAAAAACAGAAAACAGAGUUUAUAAAUCCUUUAGAAUAUCAUGGAAAUAUGCAAACUAUUUCUUUUGAAGAAUCUGUACGUGGAGAGAGCAUGUGUUUUUACGAUGGAAGGCAACGAACAACUGUUCAUAGAGACGAUGGUUCACAUACCCUAAAUACCAUCCAGAGAUGCAUAGUCGAACCAAACAGUAGCUGGCAACUAUUUCAAUCACGGGAUUUUUCGAUUUCUAUUUUACGGAUACAAAAUAUUCAUUGGACGUUUAAUUAAUUUUUCAUUAGAUUCACUUUAAGAAUCGAGGACGAUUCAUUUUCCUUGAUAGGGAGGUAUGUAAUAUAGGUACUUAUUUCAUUUUAGGUCAGUCUUGCGUUUAUGCUGAUGUCUAUCUCGAGCCUUCUUAUUCUGAUGUCUAUCUCAAGCCUAAAAAGCUUAACAACAUUUAUUAUUUUGUCUUAUUAUUGAAUGUGCAAUGAAUUUCACAAAUGCAAAGUUGGAUUCUAGACGUUCUUUGGAAGUUGCCUGGCAACCUCUAUUAAAGUAUUGGAUUACCUUCGUUUGCAAUAUUAGGUAUUUUCUUUCAAAGCGUUAUGGAGUAAGAUUAGAGCCGGAUACAAGAAAUGACAACCGAAAGUGUAAAGGUAAACUUAAAAACAAAUUGUAGGAAAGAUAUUGACUUCGGAUGCAUGAGCCAUUGAAUUUUUUAGGGAACUGGCAAAGCUGUGUAAAUAGUAAGCGAAAAUCAUGCAAACGAUCUAGGCAGUUGAAAGCAAAAUUUGAGUGUGUGGAUAAAGACAAGAUGUUUUCCUCAUACCAAACCGACAGUUAAUUCGGUAAAUGACUCUUUUGUGAAGAGAUGCAGUUACAAAUGGUUGGCUAGGAAAGUAAUCAGUAGCAUCUCAAUAUAAACUACUCAUGAUAAGAGAUAACGUUGUAACAACUCUACACAUAGCUGUAUCCAUCUCAAGGUCACGGGGACAAAGCAAAGCAAGACGAUAUGGCCAAAAUGAUAAUAAAGUUGCUUAUACUCAUUCUUUCUACAGUUUUCAGUUCAGCGUGGUAUUAUUCACAUCAAGAUGUAGGAGAAGUGAAGAUCGCAGGAAUAUUCAAUGUUCAUCUUAAGGGCAAUCUUGGAAAACGCUGUGGUAUCAUCGAUCCUCAAUACGGAAUUAUGUUUGUCGAAGCCAUGCUAUUCGCGUUAGACCGUAUAAACAAUGAUACUUCAAUACUUCAUGGAUUGAAACUGCGCACGCGGAUUUACGAUACGUGCGGGGACAAGCUCUACUUGCGCAAUAUUCUAGUGCAAGUGGCAAACUACCAUUCUCAAGGCGUUGUAGGCCCCCAAUAUUCGGACGAUGCAAUAACAACCGCAACGAUUAUGAACAUCUUCGGUAAAAAUACCAUCAGCUACGCUGCAACAAGCCCGGAUUUAGAAAACCGCAUCCGGCAUGGCUAUUUUUACCGUACGGUACCAUCAGAUUACAACGCUGUGAAGCUUUUGGUGAGUCUGGCGUUGAAAUUCAAAUGGAAUUACAUUGCACUUAUCAGUUCAGAAGGAAACUAUGGUCAAAGAUCAUCGGACCUUUUUCGAGAUUCUGCAACAAAACAAGGAAUUUGCAUCCCUAUAGACAUGACGAUAUCAGAGGAUGCCAAAACCGGUGACUACGAAUACAUACUGCAGAUGAUUAAGAAGCAAAGCGCUAUUAAGGUUGUGUAUCUGUUGUUGACAGACAACCAUCUAAAAAUUUUCUUUGAAGUUGCUCAGAAGUUGAAAGAAGAUAUCGGGUAUCUGCAGUUUGUCGCAAGUGACGGGUGGGGAACAAGAUCUUUUGUGGCAUCAGGAAAAACAGUUGCAAAUGGAACAAUUACUUUUCAGGUGGAUCACAGCGAAGUUAGGGAAUUCAGAGAAUAUUUUCUCAAACUCAAGCCUGCAACAAACAAAAGAAAUGUUUGGUUUGAGCAGUUCUGGGAGGAAACAUUGCCCGUUUCAGUCUGUAGUAGACCAUGUGAUCCGGGACACGUCCAGCAUUUCAGAUCAGCCUGCUGCUGGACUUGUGUUGCAUGUAAAAGAAAUGACGUCAUAAGGAACAACACUUGCCUGUCCUGUCAUCUGACGGCAGUACCAGACCCCUCAAGGAGAUACUGCAACGCAUUGCCUGUAAAAACUAUUGCUAUGUACAAACACAUCUCGGUAACUAUUCUCUCCGUUUCAAUCCUCGGAAUAUUUGCUACGUCUGCAGUAGGGGCCUUGUUCUUGAAGAACUUCGACCGGCGCAUCGUCAGGGCAUCAAGCCGUGAAUUAUGCCUUCUAAUGCUUCUAGGCAUAAUUUGUGCGUAUGCCUCUCCAAUCGCUUUCAUUAUCAAACCCAGUUCAAUGGUCUGCAACUCACAACGAGUAAUUGUUGGCAUUGGUUUAACUUCGUGCUACGCGCCGCUGCUGUUGCGGACUAACAGGAUUUAUAGGAUUUUCAAGAGUGCCAAGACCACAGCCUCUCGUCCGUCCAUGAUCAGCCCUCGAUCUCAAAUUGCCAUGUCAAUGGGGAUCUCAGGAAUCGGCAUUUUGAUCGGCCUCGUAUCGAUUCUUGGGCGUGAUUCACAGAUUAACACCGCAUACCCAAGUCACAGGGAAUUCGUCGUUCAGUAUUGCGAGUUAAAUGCACAGACGAUGAUCGUUAACUUGUCCUUUAGCUCAGUCUUAAUGAUUGCUACAACAUGGUUUGCCUUCAAAACGAGAAACUUCCCAAAGAACUAUAAUGAAGCAAAGUACAUUGGGUUGACAAUGUACGUUACAUGCCUUGUUUUGGCAGUUGUAUUGCCGCUGUUCCUGUUUAUAAAUGACGAAGAAGGGAAAUCACGUACAUUGACUUUAUGCUCCCUUUGUUUGAUAACAGCAUCAGUCAACUUGCUUGGACUGUUUGGCAAUAAAGUGAAACUGCUUGUGUCGAAAAAUGCCGUCGAAAUAGAUACAAACAUUACGACGUUGGGAACCACAAGAACCAAUAUACAAAGAAUUGGAGUUACGGUCAGUUUUAAUGACAAGACUGAAUUUAAGGGUGAAACAAGCAGCGAUCGGACAACAAUUACGCCAACCGCGUAACUGUGCUCGAAAUUUCAGAAGAACGAUACUGGGCUUAGUUGAAGCAUCAUUUUGCAAUCAGUAACCAUCUAUCAUAAACUGAGCCCUAAAAGGACAAACAAUUAACAAACCAUAGUAUUUUUCUUUCUCAUCCUUAAGAAACUGCUCGAAAAUCUUUGUUUUAAAGAUGGGUCGGAAAUGAUUCCUUUAUGCGAUUAGGUACCAAUUUUCUGUUUGACAAAGAUAAACAAAAAGAAGUGCUCCUUUUGACUUAGUAUUUGUACGAAUUUGGUAUUUAAGGAACCUUUAAGAAACUUUUAACAUUGAAAUUAACAAAAGGAACUGCGUGCUUAUCCCGAGUUCAGUUUUUUAUAAAUGAAUUACACAGUUAAACAUGUCAUUGGUUGUUAAGAUAGAACUAUAGCCUUUUAGCAAACAAGUAUUGAUGAUAUGAAUGCUGUCCACCAGGCAUCUUAGCUUACUUUGUACCAAAAUGGUAAUCAGCUAAUGAGGUAUAGGCAGCGAUGAUCACAAAAACCUUCUUCUCCUUAUAUGUCAAACGAGCAUAUAAAAAUACUACUCGGAUGUAAUUUGAUUUCCUUUUUCAUUUACGAAAUACUUCACAUCAAUAAACUGCAUCUCAAAGAUCUUUAUCUUGCCAUCAUUAUUGGAUAAAUAUGAAAUUUCUAAAAAGUCUAACAAGAAUAUGUUAUAGCAAUACAUGAAUAACCAGUAAAAAAAAUUACCCCAGUGACUGUAAAAAACUGAAACAACACACAAACUUACUGAAAAAUCUUCAGUACAGACAUCUAAGUCAUUUACCAAAAAAUACUUUAAAAAGGAUGAAAUCUUUUAGGAUUGAUUUUGGAAUGGCUACAUUUUAUUGUAUUUUAUCACCAAAUCGACAACCUCACUGAAAAGGACUUAAUAAGACAUUCAAGUGCUUCAUAAAGACAUGAAAACUGUUCGAGGCUUAUUUAACUCGUUUUAUUAAAAACAGGAAACAGAGUUUAUAAAUCCUUUAGAAUACCAUGGAAAUAAGCAAGCUGUUUCUUGUAUUACACGGGAUCUACAACGUCUGUUUGUCCAAAAAAUAUUGUAAUAUAGGUACUUAUUUCAUUUUAGGUCAGUCUUGCGUUUAUGCUUAUAUUUGUUCAUGCUUAUAUUAGUCUGUCACGUGUUAGUUUUUCAUGUUUUCCGGUAACGUAAUAUUUUACAUGCCCUUUUACCCUACAAAGUUUCCCCGCGUAUCUUAAUAUAUCUAACACCUCCUACUAGUUCAUUUACCUAUUGCACGAUAGAUACCGACAAUAACAGCAGCAAUUAUUGAUGUUAGUUUGCUAUAUUGUAAUGAUGUUAUAUAAAGUAGAGUAAGGAGAAACAGAGUUAGUUAGAGAGAAGCGUGGUGCUUGCGAAAAGCCACUGCUGUCAAACAUGUAGACACUCACUCGCACACACACAAAGAACGGUCAUGGAUUGUAAGGCUAAGAAAGGGCUGAUGACAUUCAACCUGAGUGGCUUGUGAAAGCACUCGAGGUUUCGUUUCAUAUAUAUAUAAUUUAAUGGCGUAACAGUUCUUGUGAAAGGCUGUUUAGUACCUAAGUUUCAAUAUUGUAUAAAAGGACGUCUUAGCUUUGGAUGGAAUAAAAGGAAUUGAUUUUGUGUGUAAAAACGUGUCGUUUAUUCGCUCGGUCAAUCGCUCAUACAACGGAUGGUGUCAGAAGUUUUACAAUUAUGUAUCAGUAGCAAAUUUAACAAUGGUGUCAGAGAUGGGAUGCACAAAUUGUACGAAUUGUUCGGGAUUCACGGAUUGUUCAAAUUUUACGAGAUCUUUGAUUGUGCAACAUGUACGAAGCGUUCGAAUGGGGCUGGAAACAGACCCGAACCCAAACUUUUGAAGACUCAGCUCGGAGAAGCAUUCAGCUCUUCAUUUACUAAAAGCGACGUCUAUAUGUCAUGUGAGCAUACCAAGGUGAAUACCCUAAAACAGCAUUUGAAGAAUCUGUACGUGAAGAGAGCAUGUGUUUUUACGAUGGAAGGCAACGAACAGCUGUUCAUAGAGACGAUGGUUCACAUACCCUAAAUACCAUCCAGAGAUGCAUAGUCAAACCAAACAGUAGCUGGCAACUAUUUCAAUCACGGGACUUGUCGAUUUCUAUUUUACGGAUACAAAAUAUUCAUUGGACGUUUAAUUAAUUUUUCAUUAGAUUCACUUUAAGAAUCGAGGACGAUUCAUUUUCCUUGGUAGGGAGGUAUGUAAUAUAGGUACUUAUUUCAUUUUAGGUCAGUCUUGCGUU